AUGUCUCCCAAAAGCAAGCUGAGAGCACCGCCACCGCCGGCUGAAACGCUCGAUACUCGUUCGUCUUCAUCAAGCGACGACGGCGAGGAGCUUGUGAUGGCUGUCCGGCAUCCUGAAGGAGAGGAAAGUGACGCCGAAGAGGAAGAUGGCCUGCUGCGGUCUGAGAUUGAUGAGAGAGAGGAGAGGCAGACUUGGGUCUUGGAGCACUCGGUAGGGCCACAUCGACGGAAUGGCAGAAUCACAAUACGAGGCUUUUCACUACCAAAGCCCCUCUUAUAUGUACUCUGCCUGCUACCCACCCUAAUCAUCCUCAACCUCAUCUUCAGCCACAGCAUCUCGUCCAGCCCUCGUCAUCCCACCCUCUCCAACGGUACCCACGCAUACCACCCCACCACACUCCUCAUCUCCCUCGACGGCUUCCGCCCCUCCUACUUCUCCUCCCACGCCGACUUGCUACCCAACCUCCACGCGCUCGCAUCCCACCCGGCGGGGUUGAGAGCAGAGAGCAUGCAGCCCGUCUUUCCCUCUCUCACAUUCCCAAACCACUGGGCGCUCAUGACAGGGCUCUACCCAGAGGAACACGGGAUUAUAGCGAAUGAUUUUUGGGAUCCAGACUUCCAAGGGGGCAAGGGAGGGCAGUUUGUGUAUACGGAUGAGAGUAAGAGUUGGGAUGGGGAGUGGUGGAAGGGGGAGCCGGUUUGGAGUGUUGUGGAGAAGAUGGGGAGGAAGGCGGCUGUUAGUAUGUGGCCGGGACCGCCUGUGACGUCUGAAGGCGUGUCAGCAAGCUACUUUAACCUCGCCCCCUCUCCAAAAGUCGAUCAAAUCCUCCAAUGGCUCGACCUCCCCCUCUCCCACCGCCCAGAAUUCAUUGCCUCCUAUUUCCCCGAGAUCGACCAAGCUGGCCACGCUCAUGGACCGGAUUCCGAGCAAGUGGAAGAUGCGCUGGGGUCGUUGGAUGGGAUGGUUGGGGACUUGGUGCGGGGGUUGGAAGGGAGGAAUUUGACGGGGGUUGUGGAUGUUGUUAUCGUGUCUGAUCAUGGCAUGACGAGGACGAGUAAUGAUAGGCUUGUUUUCUUGGAUGACAUCUUGGGCGAAGGCAUGAAGGAUAUAGAACACAAAGACGUAGGCAUCCGAUUCAACCCCUCCCUCCCCCCAUCCACCUUAUCGGCCCAUAUUACAACCCUCCAAAACGCCGCCGCCCAGUCGAACGGUACCUUUGGCGUGUAUACGCGUCAAAAUAAUAUCUUUCCGGAUAUGCAAGCCAUCUUCUUCACCCGCGGUCCUCUGGCGAGGGCGUUGAGGGAAUCGAGGGUGGGGCUUGUGGAAGGUGGGGAAUCGGGGGUGCCGGUUUUGCAGAGUUUCAAGAACCUCGAGAUCUUUUCGUUGUGUACGAAACUGUUGGGGUUGAGGGAUGUGGAGCCGGGGCAUAAUGGGACGGAAGGGUUUUGGGAGAGGUGGCUUGGUCUAGAUGUUAGUACGAGUAUAGAGGAUAGAGAAUGA